CAGCCGGCGAGUUGCAGCAGUGGUGCCGCCGAUGUGCCGUGUGGCGCUCGGUGCGGCGGCCCGACGACGGCGGCGGCGGCGGUGUCCUCAGCGAUGAGCUCCCGGAGAGCAGUGCUGGCCCUGCAGGCCCGGAGGCGCCGCGUCAAGCACCCUGCGCCGCCCGGCAGAAAAGAGAAGCACCCGCCGCCGCAACACAAAAAGCCAGAGCCUCAACAGAAAGUUCCCUCUGCACCCCCACCUCCCCCACCACCGCCACCUCCUCCACCACCUUUGCCAGAGCCAGCCCCUCCAGAGCCAGAGGAGGAGAUUCUGGGAUCUGAUGAUGAAGAGCAAGAAGACCCUGCAGAUUAUUGCAAAGGUGGCUAUCAUCCAGUGAAAAUUGGAGAUCUUUUCAAUGGUCGGUAUCAUGUUAUCAGGAAAUUAGGAUGGGGACACUUCUCUACAGUCUGGCUAUGCUGGGAUAUGCAGGGGAAAAGGUUUGUUGCAAUGAAAGUUGUGAAAAGUGCUCAACAUUAUACAGAGACAGCCUUGGAUGAAAUAAAGUUACUUAAAUGUGUUCGUGAAAGUGACCCUAGUGAUCCAAAUAAAGACAUGGUUGUACAAUUAAUCGAUGACUUCAAAAUUUCUGGCAUGAAUGGCAUACAUGUCUGUAUGGUUUUUGAAGUACUUGGACAUCACCUUUUAAAAUGGAUAAUUAAGUCCAACUACCAAGGCCUUCCUAUCCGUUGUGUGAAAAGUAUAAUUCGACAGGUACUGCAGGGUUUAGAUUACCUUCACAGCAAGUGCAAGAUCAUCCAUACAGACAUCAAGCCUGAGAACAUCUUGAUGUGUGUGGAUGACACCUAUGUGCGUCGAAUGGCUGUGGAAGCAACGGAGUGGCAGAAAGCAGGGGCUCCUCCUCCUUCUGGCUCUGCAGUGAGUACUGCCCCACAGCAAAAACCCAUUGGAAAAAUAUCUAAAAACAAAAAGAAGAAAUUGAAAAAAAAGCAAAAGAGACAGGCUGAGCUACUAGAAAAGCGCUUGCAGGAAAUAGAGGAACUGGAGCGAGAAGCCGAAAGGAAAAAAAAAGAAGAAAAUGUAACAUCUACUGUAUCGUCCAAUGAACAAGAGGAUGAAUACCACCCAGAAGUCAAGCUAAAAACUGUUGAGUUAGAGGAGGUAGCAGAUGAAGAACUUGGGAAUGAGGAUGGUGAAACGGAAGAUCAGGAUGAAAAGGAAGAUACAGAAAAAGAAAACACAGAGAAAGACGAUGAUGUUGAACAAGAACUUGUCAACUCAGAAUCGACAGAUCCCACUUGGAUAGAAUCCCCCAAAACAAAUGGCCACGUUACAAAUGGUCCUUUCUUACUGGAAGAACAGAUUGAAGAUGAAGAUGAUGAAGAGGAGGAAUGCCCAAAUACUGAGCAAUAUAAUCUUGAUGAGCCAAAUGCAAAAAAUGAUUACAGCUACAGUAGCUCCUAUGAACAAUUUAAUGGUGAAUUGCCAAAUGGACGUCAUAAAAUUUCUGAGUCGCAGUUUUCUGAAUUCUCGGCUUCCGUAUUCUCUGGAGCUUUAGAUUCUGUAGCUUGUGGUUCAGCUGUUUCUGAAGAAUCAGCUGUAACUGAAAGAGACGGAAGUACUCCAUCUCAUGAUAGGAGCAGGACGGUUUCAGCAUCCAGUACUGGAGACUUGCCAAAAACAAAAACCCGUGCCGCCGACUUACUGGUGAAUCCGCUGGAUCCAAGAAAUGCAGAUAAAAUUAGAGUUAAAAUUGCUGACCUGGGCAACGCUUGCUGGGUGCAUAAACACUUCACAGAAGAUAUCCAGACACGGCAGUACAGAUCAAUAGAGGUUUUAAUAGGAGCAGGUUACAGCACACCGGCUGAUAUCUGGAGUACGGCAUGCAUGGCAUUUGAGCUCGCAACUGGCGAUUAUCUGUUUGAACCGCAUUCUGGUGAAGACUAUUCCAGAGACGAGGACCACAUAGCACACAUCAUAGAGCUGCUAGGCAAUAUCCCAAGGCACUUUGCUCUUUCUGGAAAAUAUUCUCGGGAAUUCUUCAAUCGCAGAGAUCACAUAGCAUUGAUCAUUGAACUGCUGGGGAAAAUCCCUCGAAAAUACGCUAUGUUGGGGAAAUAUUCCAAGGAGUUUUUCACCAAAAAAGGAGAACUUCGACACAUUACCAAACUGAAACCUUGGAGCCUCUUUGAUGUUCUUGUGGAGAAGUACGGCUGGCCUCAGGAAGAUGCCGCAGAGUUUACAGAUUUUCUGAUCCCUAUGCUAGAAAUGGUUCCGGAGAAGCGAGCCUCAGCUGGCGAAUGCCUUAGGCACCCUUGGUUGAAUUCGUAGUAAAAUCUCCAGAUGUAACGCUGGGCCAGCACCCGCUUCCCCCUAACAUCAGACUUAAAUGGUGACUGUUAUAAAUUCACUUAACAGGAUCAUAAAUGAGCUGGCUUCAACCCAGAUCUUUAUUUUGCUUUGAGGUACUGUUUGACAUUUUGCUUUUUGUGCGCUGUGCUCCUGGGAGGAGGGUAGUCUUUUUGUCUUCAGCUAGUAGUUUUACAGACUCUCUGCAGAAAAAACCCCCACUUACUAAUGUGUCUUUAAGCAUUGUUUCUUGUGUUGUGUGGCAUUCAGACAUCAACUUUUUCAACAGAACAUCCUUUAUUCUCCCUUCAUGUGUUUUGGCAGGUUUUGUAACUAUUUAUGGAAAAUAUUUUAGCUGAGUAUUAUAUAAUUUACAAGUGUGAGACAUUAUCAAGUCAGAAUUGAGAAAACAUACAGUUCUUUGGGCAAAGGGACAUUGUUCUUGUAAAAUAGUGUAUGUAAAUGCACCUUGUAAAUGUUUAUUUCCAUUAAAAAUGGGACGGGGACACAAUUUUAAGAGUAAAGCUAUUAAAUUGAGAGUGACUUGUAGUGUACAAAUUGCAUGUAGUGGAUUUCAAACUGCUUCAGGAGUUUCCAAAACUUUCCUUUCUAUAGAGGUGACCACAUUUUACCUGGAUAGAAAGUGGCUCUAAUUUACAAGAUUUCAUUCUCCAGGAGGCAUCUUGAAGGAAGGCUAACACUUUCAAUUCAAAGGACAAAUGGACAAAAUAGAUCUAAGUGCUUUUUAGAAGAAGUGUCAUUUGCUUUACAGUUUGUGAGGUAAGGGCAUGGGAACAUGGCACUGUUUUUUCAUAAGGAUGGUUUUUGUGCUAGGCUGAAGAAUUUAAAGAGCACAUGUACAGCAUUUUUUGUGCAGAAUUGUUAACAUUGGGUGAAAAAAUGUGCUCCGCUUGAGGAAAAGGGACAGAAUAAAUGCAAAAUCUACAUUAUGGUGAAAGACCAUGCACCUUCCAUACAUAGCUUUACAUGUUUCUAAAACAAAUUGCACUAGCUUAUUUCCCCCCAUAAAUUGACAUAUUGAGGAACUAAUAUUCCUUUGUAAGUUGCACACAAAAUUUUAAGUGUUUUCAUACGAAAAAGCUAAGUAGAUUCCAAAAGAGAACUCAUAGGCAAUACAGAUUUUAGAAUGUAAAAUAUGGAGGUGUAUUUUAGCCUCUUUUAGAAGUCGGUGGAAUGAAUGUAAAUUUAUUUCUGGUUUUACACUUUGAUUAUGGUGCCACUUUUUCUUGACUUUGUCCAUUUUAAAUUUAUUCACAUGCCUUUGCAAUAACUAGAUUGUGAGACAAUACCCCCGUGUUGUAACAAUAACCAAUUGUUUGAGGUGCUUGCAGUUGUCUUAUUAAAGUGGUUGUUUUUCCAGAA